GCCCACAUCCAAGAUGGCGCCCCCAGGAGCUGGGAGCGGGUGACCGGCGGCGGGGAAGCGGCCUGGGCUGGCCCUCAGAUUGCGGGGUCCCGGGGGCCUGUCGCGGGGCGCCCCCGUGACCCACCGACCAGGCCUUCCCCCAGGCCAGAGCGAUGGCCGCCGAGAACAGCAAGCAGUUCUGGAAGAGGAGCGCCAAGCUGCCGGGGAGCAUUCAGCCCGUGUAUGGAGCUCAGCACCCUCCUCUGGAUCCUCGGCUCACCAAAAACUUCAUCAAAGAACGGUCAAAGGUCAACUCGGUUCCUCUCAAGAACAAGAAGGCCUCCAGUUUCCAUGAGUUUGCCCGGAAUACCAGUGACGCUUGGGACAUUGGCGACGAUGAGGAAGAGGACUUUUCCUCACCUCCUUUCCAAACUCUGAACUCAAAAGUGGCUUUGGCAACUGCAGCCCAAGUCCUGGAAAACCACAGCAAGCUGAGGGUAAAACCUGAACGGUCCCAGUCGACAACGUCAGACGUCCCUGCCAGCUACAAGGUCAUAAAGUCCAGCAGUGACGCCCAGCUGUCCCGAAACUCCAGUGACACAUGCCUGAGGAACCCACUCCACAAACAGCAGUCUCUCCCUCUUCGGCCCAUCAUCCCCCUUGUCGCCCGAAUCUCAGACCAGAAUGCUUCUGGGGCCCCUCCGAUGACAGUCCGGGAGAAAACCCGCCUAGAAAAGUUCCGUCAGCUCCUUUCUAGCCACAACACCGACUUAGAUGAAUUGAGGAAGUGGAGUUGGCCAGGCGUUCCCAGGGAAGUUCGACCGGUCACCUGGAGACUGCUGUCGGGCUAUCUCCCGGCAAACACCGAGCGGCGGAAGUUGACCCUGCAGCGGAAGCGGGAGGAGUACUUUGGCUUCAUUGAGCAGUAUUAUGACUCCCGGAAUGAGGAGCAUCACCAGGACACUUACAGACAGAUUCACAUUGACAUUCCAAGGACAAAUCCUCUCAUUCCAUUGUUCCAGCAGCCGCUAGUCCAGGAGAUCUUUGAGAGAAUUCUCUUUAUCUGGGCCAUCCGACACCCCGCCAGUGGGUAUGUCCAGGGAAUCAAUGACCUGGUCACUCCGUUCUUCGUCGUCUUCCUCUCGGAGUAUGUGGAAGAGGAUGUGGAGAACUUUGAUGUGACCAACUUGUCUCAGGACAUGCUGCGAAGCAUUGAAGCGGACAGCUUUUGGUGUAUGAGCAAGCUGCUGGAUGGGAUCCAGGAUAAUUACACCUUUGCACAGCCAGGGAUCCAGAAGAAGGUCAAGGCACUGGAGGAGCUUGUCAGCCGGAUCGAUGAGCAGGUACACAGUCACUUCAGGAGGUACGAGGUGGAAUACCUGCAGUUUGCCUUUCGGUGGAUGAACAACCUGCUGAUGCGGGAACUCCCUCUGCGCUGCACCAUCCGCCUGUGGGACACCUACCAGUCUGAGCCCGAAGGGUUCUCGCACUUCCACCUCUACGUGUGCGCGGCCUUCCUGAUCAAGUGGCGGAAGGAGAUUUUGGAUGAGGAAGACUUCCAGGGCCUCCUCAUGCUGCUGCAGAACCUGCCGACCAUCCACUGGGGCAAUGAGGAGAUCGGGCUGCUGCUGGCCGAGGCGUACAGACUCAAGUACAUGUUUGCAGACGCCCCCAACCACUACCGCCGAUAGGUGCUGUCUCCCCCUCCGGGGACCUGGACUGCCCCCAUCUCUGAUGGCGAUUUCAUCACUGUGGCCACUGUGCAAGCCGUGGGCCCCGGCCAGGAAUUACUCCUGCUGUACAAAGCUCACCCUCCGCCGCCUCCGCCACCGCCCAGGUCUUCACCUCACAGCAUCCGCCACGUUGUCUCAGGAUGUGUGUCUGGGACCACUGUCAGUAUUCUGUGCCCUGUGGAUGGGCCCGACUCUGGGAGAGGCAGAGGAGGCGACGAUUGUCUUUCCCUUCGGGAGACCCUGGACAAAAGGAGGGGGGCUCCAGGUCUGCCCCACACUGUCCAUAUGUGUACCUGCUGGCUCUGCCCAGGACCCAGCGGGUGGUUUUGUUUUUCUUUCUUUUUUCUACAUUUUCAUGCCCGAGGCACAGGGUAUUAGGCUCUCGGCCGUCGCUGUUUGUGACUCAUCUAGUCUUGUCACAGGUCAGAGACACUAUGUUUUCGGAAGACCCUGCUGCCCCGCCCCUCACCUCCUCCUGCCCCAGCUGAGCCAGGUCACAGGAGUGAGUCCUUCCUCCUCAGGGGGAGGAGACACCAUCUUCAGAACCCUGAGGAGAGGCCUACACUCAAGGGCUAGGAAUUGCGUUUUCCCUUUCCUCCUCUAUGAAUCUUACAUUUGGUGUGCGUGUGCGUGUAUG